CAGAAAGUCAUGUGUGCAAUAUGUCAUCUCAAAGAAUUUGCAUAAAAGAAAGUUGGAUUUUCUAAUGGGAACAUAAAGCCAUCUAAAAUUGGAUGUUUGAGUUAUACAUCUUACAGGAGUUCAGAAAAGUUUAGGACGAGGCCGAAAAAAAUACUUGUGGUAAAUAAUGGCAGAUUAACCUACGUUGGAUAUAACUACAACAAUGAAUUGACAAACGUUACUUCAUCAGUGUUGAAAAUUGGACUUUAUGACAAGUCUAAAAAAGAAAUGACAAUGUAUGACGUGGACGUUUUCUUUCUAAAACCAUUGUUAAAAUGCACUUUGAAAAUUGAAAACAUUGGAAAAAGUUUUGUUGAAAAGGCUGAUGACUUGGCUUUGUCAUUUGGAAGUAAAAGUAUUCAGACAUUUGUAAAAUCAAGAAAUAAACAAGGGCAGUUAAAUCUGAGCUCGCUUGAAAGUAUCUCUGUGAAAAGCAUUGAUGAAGGUUUAAAAGCAAUGACUUCAGAUAUGCAACAAGACACAACCACCACGCCGUCUAUUUUUCCUCAGCCGAAUGAGAAUGCUACAGAUGUAUCACAAAUUUAUAAUCUUCAUGAUAUUCUCCAAAAUGAAACAUAUGAUGCUUUGGAAGCAGAAAGUAAUAUAUUCCUUAAUGUGACUCGUCAACAAAUUGAGCUCUGGAAGCAGGAAAAUAAAUACUGUGAAUUUAUUACAAAGUUUUUGGAAUUUAAUUUGACAUCCAUGAAUGCACAUAAAUCCAAGCUUCUGUUAUACUUGCAUUACAUGACCUGCUUUCUGAGGCUUACGUAUUUAGACUGGAGAAAAAAAGAUCCAUUACCUGAAGUUCCUCAAGUUUUCAAGAAAGAAUUAAUGGAUAAAUUUGUUAUAAACAAAAAAAUGUCUCAAACAUUAAAAGAUAAACUGGUCGCACAUGCACUGAUUCUGGUUUUAAUUUUGAGCAACUAUUUCAUCGAUGCUAAAACAUUUUGUUCCAGUGUCAAGUUUCCAAUGACAAGGUUAACAUCUAUUGCAUAUGCCCUGGGCUGUUAUGUUAGCGAUAAAAAGAAUGAAAAUACCAAAAUUAUUCUUCUAAAAUUGCCUUUGUACAAGCCAGCCAAGAAAUUCAAGCGCAAGAAAUAG